CUUUACAUAAAACUCAAAUAUUUGUGUCAAAUACCAAACAAGCUUAAUAGAUUGAUUCUGGAAAAAUACAUUUUAAAAUAUUUUCUAAGACAAUAAUUUUUAAUUUGGCAACUUUAACGAAUGUAGUCCGGUAAAAGGGAAAAUAUUGCCUAAGAGGGAUACUUGUUAUGGUGAUAACCAAAAGUUGGGUUGGAGGUAAUUUUAAGUUGUUUACAUUUCCUUCUAUGGAUAGUUAUCCGGUGUUUUUAUUUUUAUAUUAUAAAAUACAAACAUUAAAUACAAUCUAAGGGCAAAGCACUAGUCAACAAAGAAAAAUGGAACGCCUGAAGGAGGAGAAGAGUCUCCUUAUUAUGAUUUUGGAUUUUAAUCCGGUUCAGAGGGUGAUAAGCGCCACUCCACGUGGGUUCCAUCAGCUUCUCGAAGCUAUAGUCGCCUUCGCUAACUGUCAUCUUAUGUUCCGUCAGAGCAACCAACUGGCGAUUAUCGCCUGUCAUGCACAAAUGAGCGAGUACAUCUAUUCAGAUAAAGACAGUAAAGUAGAGCCGACAGGACAGAACGACGGGCAGUAUGAAAUGUUUGCGCAUGUUGAGCGUAGAAUAAGGCUGAAAGUGAAAGAAAUCAUUGCCAGGCUUGAACCAUCUCUUGGAGACUCACUUCUUGCCGGUGCGUGUUCAAUGGCACUUUGUUACGCACAAAGAAAAGUACGAGAAUUGCCAAUAGGGGAUAAAUUGAAUUCGAGAAUCCUAGUUAUAACAGGAAGUGGUGAAAGUACAUCCCAAUACAUGAACUACAUGAAUGUUUUCUUUACAGCACAGAAAGAAAACGUCAUUCUAGAUGUGUUGAGCAUUGAACAUGAUUUAGCGAUUCUUCAACAAGGCUGUGAUAUCACUGGUGGAAUCUAUCUUAAGAUACCUCAACCUCAAGGCCUAUUGCAGUAUUUACUGUGGGUUUUUCUGCCAGAACCUCCGAUUAGGAAAAAGCUAGUUUUGCCACCACCAGUGCACGUUGAUUACCGAGCAGCAUGUUUCUGCCAUCGAAUGCUCGUUGAUGUGGGCUUUGUCUGCUCAGUUUGCCUUUCAGUGUUUUGCAAAUUUUCACCGAUUUGUCUGAUGUGCCACACCCUUUUUAAAAACCCAACACAUUUGCCAACAAAACAGAAAAAAAAGAAAAAAACUAUGUGAUAUACCAAUUUUUUGUGUGCCGAUGU